AUGAUGGACGACGCAACUCUAGUCUCAUACAUGUAUGCAGUCAACACCUACUAUGACCAUGACACUACUACUCCAGCAACACUCGUCCUCACAAUCGGCCAUGACAAAAGUCCCAACAACAACAAUUUCGGCCUCGUCGCUACUACUCAAGUCAGCACAAAACUCGAUGACAAGAAUUGCGCUGCUGCUACUACUCCAGUGAGCAACCGCAGUGAAGCGAAAUACCCAACAAAACAAUGUCAUUUCACGGUGCUCCGCAAGGAGCCACCUGUGGUAACCGCAACGGAAAAUCAACCACUGCACACAGAAUCAACAUGA